AGUAGCUCGCUUCAGCAGCCGCCAUAUUGUGUGACAGUAUUUUGAUUCGUAUCUGCUGGAAGUGAGGAGGAAAAAGAGAAAAGUGCAGGGCUGUCGAGGGGAGGGGGGGGCUGAAGAAGAGGAGCUGUCAGAAAGUGAUUCCCGAGUCUCUGUCAAGCGGCGCAGCGCCGAGCCGAGACUCCUAUCCUCCUAUCCCUCCCCCCUAACGCUGCUACACCGAGGACACUCACACUAGGCCCGGGGCCUCGCUGGUAGUUGGCUCUCCGUCUCCUGGUAGUAGCUGGACUCCUCUCCGGCUUACCUCUCACAGCUCCGCGGCCCUCUGGAGGUCCGGCGGCGGGUCUCGGGUGUUGAAGGCGGCCCGGGGAGCGGCGGCGGCGGCGGAGACGGUAACGAAGAUGUUCAAGAUGAAGGCGGUCUGCUGCCACCACUGACGCCCGAGUGCGCUGAACAGAACGAGCAGUCCUGACCUGGCAACAUACGAAUGGCCCAGGGAAGCCACCAGAUUGACAUUCAGGUUUUGCAUGACCUGCGCCAGAAGUUCCCUGAAGUCCCAGAGGGUGUUGUCUCCCAGUGUGUUCUGCAGAACAACAACAAUUUAGACGCCUGCUGUGAAUACUUGUCCCAGGUCAGUCCGGUUUACCUGUACAGCGAAGGAGGAAACCUCAGCUUUUCUGACGACCCCGGCUUCAUCAGGCUUCGUAAUCACAUGACCCAGCUGAACCUGGGCCUGCAGUCUCAGAAUGUGCACAUGUCCCCGGUUCGGGACGGCCUGAGAAUGAACGGCAGUCGGACUCUGGCCCACAGCCUGAGUGACGGGCCCCUCCAGACAGGCCAGGCCCCCAACAGUGACUUCUUUCAGCAGGAGCCCCAGUCAGCCCCAGUGCAGGUGCCCUCCAGCAUCAAUGUGUUUGGUGUGAUGGAGCCCACGCGCAAACCGCAGCCUCCGCAGCACCUCGGACUCUACGCUACACCGCGCUUCAACCCCAUUACCGUGACGCUAGCCCCCAAUAUCCAGACAGGCCGCAACACCCCCACUUCUUUGCACAUACACGGCGGUCCACAGUCGGGCCUCAGCAGUCCACAGGGUAACUCUAUCUACAUCAGGCCCUACGUUAGCCAGUCUGGUACGACCCGGCACAACCACCAGCAGCAGGGAGGCAGGGCCCAGUACAGCCCCACCUCCCAGCCCCAGCAGCAGAUCUACCAGAUCUCACACCCCUCAUCCGUGUCGGGCUCCUGGUCCAGCCCUCAGCACCCCUCCUCACAUACCUCACAGCACCAGACCCAGGGCCACCAGACCUCUCACGUCUACAUGCCGAUCAGCUCCCCCACGAAUCCCCAAGCGCCCUCCAUUCUCCCCACUGGAAGCCAGGCCUCUUCCUCCGGUGUCUCCUCAUGCUCUUCUUCCUCUUCCUGCUCCUCUGUCAUGCCCACCUCCCUGUCCACCAUCAGCCAGUACAACAUCCAGAACAUCUCCACUGGCCCGCGGAAGAAUCAGAUAGAGAUCAAACUUGAAUCUCCUCAGAGGAGCAACUCCACAACCACGACUGCCGUGCUGCGGACAAGCAGCGGGCCCAGGUCCUCCUCCACCUCCUCCUCCUGCCCUUCCUCUUCCUCCUCUUCAACCGGGGUGGCUACCGUCCCCACCGCCCCUCUCUCCAUCGGAGGCCCAGGUCUGAGCCGCAGCCAGCCCACUGUUUACAUCUCUGCCAGCCCGCCCACUGCUGCUACCACUCCUUCUGAGGAGGCUGUCGUGGCCCCAACCGGCUCCCGCUCCCAACCCAAGUUUUACAUUUCUGCCAACGCCUCCAGCGACGACAGUGGGGGUAGGAACCCUCCCACAGUCUACAUCUCAGCCAACCCUCCCUUGCAGGGGCCCCCGGGGGCCAGGAACAUGGGGGGCCAAGUGAGCAUGGGCCCCGCCUACAUCCACCACCAUCCACCUAAGUCCCGUGCCUCUUUAGGAGGGGGCGGCACGGCUUCUUCCCCACGCGUGGUGGUGACUCAGCCCAACACCAAAUACACUUUUAAAAUCACCGUGUCCCCCAAUAAGCCCCCUGCCGUGUCCCCCGGAGUCGUGUCCCCUACUUUUGAGCCCAACAACCUCCUCGGCCUACCCUCGGACCACCACUUCGUGGAGCCGGACCCCCUCCAUCUCUCAGACCCGCUGUCGCCACACAGGGAGAGGCCAAGUGAGCCUCGCAGACUCAGCAUGGGCUCUGAAGAUGCAGCGUACACACAAGCGUUGUUGGUCCAUCAGAAGGCCCGCAUGGACAGGCUGUGGCACGAGCUGGAGCAGAAGAAGAAGAAGCUGGAGAAGCUAAAAGAGGAGGUCAACGAGAUGGAGAACGACCUGACCAGGAGACGGCUGGAGAGAUCCAACUCGGCCUCCCAAAUUCCUUCUAUUGAGGAAAUGAAGCAGUUGCGAUGCAAAAACAGGUUACUGCAGAUCGACAUCGACUGCCUCACCAAAGAAAUUGAUCUCCUUCAAACAAGAGGACCACACUUUAAUCCCAGUGCAAUCCAUAAUUUUUACGACAACAUUGGAUUCCUCGGUCCUGUCCCACCCAAACCCAAAGGUACUUUAUCUAUUGACAGGAGAGGAUGUAGAUAUAAUGUGACCUCUGAGCUCAUGAUGGAGCCCUCCUCUGGUCCUCCCCCUCCUCUCCCACUUGACCCGGGCAGUAAGAUUGUGAAGCCCAUCGCUGACCAGGAGGAGGACGAGGAGACGCAGUGGAGCUGCACCGCCUGCACCUUCCUCAACCACCCCGCCCUCAACCGCUGUGAACAGUGCGAGUUCCCGCGGCACUUCUGAGCCAACGAGGCUGCGACGCGCCGCCCCCCCGGCCCUCCUUCCUCCCAUCCUCUGCCCGCCUGUCUUCUUCCAGACCAGGAUAGAAAAAGGGCCUUUUUCUGUUUCUUCUUUUUUUCGCUAGUUGUAUGAAAACUGGGACGGGGCGUCCUGAUUUUUUCUUGAGUCUCUCCUCCUCUCUAAGGUUGGUAGAAUGCUGUCCAUUGAAGGCUUGACUGGAUGGUGUUUACAGCUCGUGUUUUUCAAAAAGAGUCGGAUGAUACCUACCUUAGAGACUCGGAUGGCGUGGGGGUCACCUUCCACCCCCUUUUUCUGCUCGACGGGUGACACUUUCUCCCCCGGGGAUACCUCGCUGCUCCCACUUACAGUAUUACGAGUGUGGCCCUGCAGUGUGAUGGCACACCUACACACACAUGUACACACACACACAUACACACACACACAACACAGGUGCCAAUGUGCCUUUUUGCUGAUUACAUUUUUUUUUUUCUUCCUCUGUGGUGGCAUGACCGGGGAAUUGGGAACUGUGUUCAGCCACUGCUCUCCACCUGAAGGGAAAACUAACAGACUAAUCGUGGACUUUAAAGUUUGUUUGCUGUUUCUAGAGGAUGUCAAAAGGGGGAAGCGGCGUCGCUGCCGCUCAAACGUGCCUGUUGUCCUCCCCCCUUCAGUAUCCCCCUUUUUUUCUGUCUCUUCAGUCAUGAGUUAAUGAAAAAAAAGAUGCAUGCUUUGUGUACAGUACACGGAGGCAGAAACUCCCCUUGAGCUUUUUACUGUACAUAAUUUUAGAAUGUGUCUUGAAAGCCUUCUUCCUCACACUAUGAAUCACUUGUAUUUCCUGUAAGUAUAGCUUUAUAGACUUUAUUAACUUUGUCUUGUUUUGUUUCCCUCUUUUCAAACAAAUAAGCACCAUGCUCCCUUUUUAAGCUUUUGACUUGAUUUCUGUGAGAGUUGAAGCCUUGCAGAAGGAGAGGAGCAGCAGAGCGGUUAGAAAAAAACCCACUCGCAGUCAUCAUGAAGCUACGUCUGCCCGGUCCGUUCAUCGCUCGCGUCGUCGCCGAGUUUCCUGUUGUGUACGAUCUGCAGACGCAGCAAAAGAGGAAAAGGCGAUGGAGGAUUAUUUUUUCUUUUUUUUUUUUUUUUUUUUUUUGAGGUUUCCAAAUAUGUGGGGGCUGUGGGGGGGGGGGGGGGGGGGGGGAAGGGGGUCAAAAAACAAAAAGCAAAAAAUGACAAACUGCCAUCUUAUCUGACAACUGGAAUGUAGGUUUAAUGUUUUGGGGGACAACUACACCUCAGUGCAAAGAGACACUCGUUUUCCAGUACAAUCAGGAUGUUACUGCAGGUCGAUUAAAGGUUUCCAUGUUGCUGUGCGCCUGAAAUGGGUUUUCGUGAGGUAACAAAGUGAAUAUGUUUCUGUUAAAAGUAUUCCUAUGAUGUAGAAAUAUUCAUAUGGGUCCCAUGCCUUAUAUCCAACAGGUCACAGUAGCAGACAACAUGACUGUCCACUUUGUAUACUCUUAUUUUUAUUUGGCUCAUUUCAUCCUCCUAAGCUUUUAUUGAUGAGGGUGUUUCUAAAGUUUACUUAUCGUCAUUAACGUACCUUAACUGUGGAGUAGUUACUUUGUUUUUUUUGUUUUUUUUCCACACUUGUGAAAUGUUGCCUUGCAUCAGUGCCUUUUAGAACUAUCCAAUUUGUAUUGAUUAUCUAUUCUGUCACAUCAGAGUGCCAUUUUUUAAAACCAAAAUUUUUAGUAUCGUUUAAACCCAUUUUAAAAGUAGAAGAUGAAUUAUUGUCUCUUAAGCACUUACGCCAUACUUUUUUUUCCUUUUUUUUUUUUCCAAUCCAAAGAAACCAGUUUUCAGCUUUAUCUGCACCUUGGUGUGAAGAGGCAGUUUAUUCAUGUUUUAUUAAAUGGAAAAAAAAAUAAUUUGGAUAUCUAAAGUGUUUUUUUGAUUUUAGCUGGGAAAACUGUCUUUGUAACAGAUAAGUUAUUUGUAAAAAUAAUUAAAAAAAAUCUAUUCUGA